UUUUGACAGACGAUGUCGAUGGUGGUGUUCGAUCAUGAGUGUGUGCAGCUGAAUAUAGUAGAUUCGUGUCAGUAUCUUCGUUUUGAAUUAAAAUGUAACAAGUGUUUAUAAAUCGUCACAGUUUAGAAUUAGUUAAUAAGUGAAGUUUAUUGCCGAAGCAUGAAAAAAUCACUAUCCAAUACGAAAUAUGAAAAACUAUCUCAGAAUUCUUGUAAAGAUCUAGAUGAAAAUUUCUUGCACUCGCCGUCGAAUACGGAACAGGCCAGUGGGCCUGCGAUGUGGCUGACUGCGGGCGAAGCCAGUAGUCUGCGUUAUGAAGAUGUCGCCGAUAGACUCCACGUAGACUUAAGCCAUGGGUUAAGUUGGCAAGAAGCAACCCACAGAAGACAGAUAGCUGGAUAUAAUGAUUUUUCAGUAAAAGACGACGACCCCCCUUGGAAAAAAUAUUUAGAACAAUUCAGGAACCCUCUCAUAUUACUUCUUUUAGCUUCAGCACUUGUGUCAGUGUGUAUGAAACAAUUUGAUGAUGCAAUCAGUAUUACUGUAGCUAUAGUUAUCGUUGUCACAGUAGCUUUUGUUCAAGAAUAUCGGUCCGAAAAAUCUCUACAAGAGCUUACUAAACUUGUGCCACCAUCUUGUCACUGUUUAAGAGAGGGUUCACCAGAUACGUUUCUAGCACGAGAGUUGGUACCGGGUGAUGUUGUGUAUUUAAAUGUUGGCGAUCGAGUGCCCGCUGAUUUGCGCUUAUUUGAAUCUGUCGAUUUAACCAUCGAUGAAAGCAGCUUUACAGGUGAAACAGAACCAGCAAGAAAGAGUGUUGGUUCAGUGUUACGUCCAAAUGGAGCUCAUUCUUCUAAUACUAAUAUAGCAUUUAUGGGAACCCUCGUUCGUUGUGGGAAUGGAAAAGGUCUUGUUGUUAGUACCGGAGUCAACAGUGAGUUUGGUUCGGUUUUCAAGAUGAUGUUGGAAGAAGAAGCUCCCAAAACACCUCUUCAAAAGUCAAUGGAUAGUUUGGGUGCUCAGUUGUCGAUUUAUUCGUUUGGAAUUAUAGGUUUAAUAAUGCUAGUUGGAUGGUUGCAAGGAAAAGCAAUAAUGGAAAUGUUUACCAUAGGAGUAAGUUUAGCAGUGGCAGCGAUCCCUGAAGGAUUACCUAUAGUUGUUACUGUAACAUUGGCGUUGGGUGUAAUGCGAAUGGCAAAACGAAACGCUAUAGUAAAGAAGUUACCAACGGUAGAAACCCUGGGUUGUGUAAAUGUGAUAUGUUCCGAUAAAACUGGCACUAUUACGAGAAAUGAAAUGACCGUCACAGUAUUGGUCACAGCAGAUGGUUAUAUUGCUGAAUUAACAGGAGCUGGCUACAAUGACCAUGGUCAAGUCUUACUACACAAAUGUGAUUCUUCAGAUAGAGCCAGAGAUAGUGUAUAUAAGUUGUUAGAGGUGGGAACGGUUUGUAAUAAUGCAGUGAUUCAUAACGAAACACUUUUGGGUCAGCCGACAGAGGGUGCCCUAAUAGCCGCUGCAAUGAAACAUGGAAUGUAUAACGUUCCAGAUCGAUACAUUCGUUUGCAAGAAUACCCAUUUACUUCCGAACAGAAAAUGAUGGCCGUAAAAUGUAUAUCAAAAUAUGAUAACGACAAAGCAGAAUUAUUUUUUGUGAAAGGAGCGAUAGAAAAAAUCUUACCAAAGUGUACUAAAUUUAGUUGGAAUGGAGGACUACAAACUCUCACAAGUAAAAAGGAACAAGAUUUUAUAGCAGAGGCCCAUGAAAUAGGCAGGAAAGGGUUGAGGGUGAUAGCAAUGGCUAGAGGUCCGACUUUGCAGGAUUUGACGUACAUGGGUAUAGUAGGAAUUUGCGAUCCACCACGACCUCUGGUGCGAGAAGCGAUCACCACUUUAUCGCAGUCUGGUGUACAAGUGAAAAUGGUCACUGGAGAUGCUGAGGAUACAGCUGUGGCUAUUGCACAAACGAUAGGGUUGGAAACUUUACCAUCACAAGUAUUAUCGGGUGAACAGUUGGACACUUUCAGUGAAACGGAAUUAGAUGCUGCUGUACCUCAUGCCACUGUAUUUUAUAGAGUGUCACCUAAAAAUAAACUAGCGAUUGUAAAAUCACUUCAGCGGACUGGUCAUAUUGUAGGCAUGACAGGCGACGGAGUUAAUGAUGGAGUUGCUCUUAAAAAAGCCGAUAUUGGAAUUGCCAUGGGUAAAAAUGGCACAGAUGUAUGUAAAGAAGCCGCUGAUAUGAUCCUUGUUGAUGAUGAUUUUUAUACCAUCAUAGCCGCCAUUGAAGAGGGAAAGAGCAUAUUUUAUAAUAUUAGAAAUUUCGUCAGAUUUCAGUUAUCAACAUCUAUUGCGGCUUUAUCUUUAAUAGCAUUAGCUACUUUAAUGGGAAUUCCUAAUCCUCUGAAUGCUAUGCAAAUUUUAUGGAUAAAUAUAAUAAUGGACGGCCCACCAGCUCAGAGUUUAGGUGUGGAACCUGUUGAAAAAGAUGUCGUAAAACAGAAACCUCGAAAUACUAAAGAACCCAUGAUAACUAAAAAAUUAAUUGGCAAUGUCCUUUUAUCUGCGUUGUUCAUAAUUGCAGGAACUUUGUGGGUUUUCAAAAAAGAGAUGAGUUCUGAGGGAAUAACAGCAAGAGACACAACAAUGACUUUCACUUGUUUCGUUUUCUUUGACAUGUGGAAUGCUUUGUCUUGUCGCUCUCAGACCAAGAGUGUUUUUCAAAUAGGAUUUUUCUCAAAUAAAAUGUUCCUGCUUGCCGUGACGUUGUCAGUUGUUGGUCAGUUAUUGGUUGUAUAUUUUCCACCUUUGCAGCGGGUUUUCCAGACGGAAGCUCUAACUUUGUGGGAUAUGAUAUUUUUGACGACAUUAACAUCCUCUGUGUGGAUAAUUUCUGAAGUUAAGAAGUUGGUGGAAAGAUGUCUUGAACAACGAGGAAAAGGUAAACGAUCUCCGCUGGAAUAUGUAUGACAUAAGGGGGGGCCUGGGGCGAAGUCCCGCUGCUAUUAGCUGCUUCUUCAACUUUUCCCCCUUUAGAUCGGCCCCCUUAGAAUGUGCAAAGAUAUUUUUUCUCAAUUGACACAAAUAACAAUAGACUUAUUUACACAUC